AUGCUACAUCUUGGUGGCCGCUCUAGAGUGAAGGUUGCGACCGCACCAAGUUAUGAAGGGGAUUGUUACGAACAAAGGAGGACUGCGACAGACUUCGUGAGCUGUCGGAAGCCAUUAGUGGAUCGUGUAGUCUUUAUUAUUAUUAGACACACGGAAGCCAUUAUUGGUGAUGCUACAUCUUUGGUGGCCGCUCUGGAAAUGGGUAAACGUCGGUCAACAGAGACUGUGCAAGCAGAAAUGGAAUGGAUGUUACAAAGUGCAUUGCCAACUCCCCUAGCAUAUUUCCGCUUCGUGAAUUCCUCUCAGAAAUCCAGUGCACUCCGAAAAUACUGUAAUCUUUUGUUGAAAGUGACCAAAGAAAGCAGUGAUUCUGCUGUUGUAGAUAAAUUGAAUUCACUUCUUGAUAAGUUCAAUAGUGGUGAAUAUGCUGGAGACUGGGAAAAAUGGAAGUUGGAGAAAGCUAAGAGCGUGAUUAUGACUGGAGUUGUUGACACGAUUCAAAAUGUGCUUGAAAAUAUUAAUUCAACAGUAUGCAACCAACUAAUUGAAUCAGGAAAUGAACGGAGGAAGGAUAAGUCAAGUAAACAUGAUGGGAGGCCAACAAAGAAAAGGAGAACUGAAAUCAUUAAAGAACAACCACGAGUCCCAGUAACGCCGAAUAAAAGAACUAUCAGCCACCAAAAAGUCAAGAAAUAUAGCCAUCAAGCACCGCUUAUUUGUGCAUUCAAGUCAACGAUACAAAAUUUGCCCGAAUUCUUAGAGGCUGACAUAGUCGAGGAAAUAACUAAAUAUACUGUUCGAAACGUGCCGUCUGUGUGGACGCCAGAGCUCGUCUCUUAUAUAAAUCGUGCAUUAAAGGCUGAGAAAGGAGAAUUUAAAUUGAAGAUUCAAGAAACAAUUGAUGGCAAUGUCAAAGUACAACGAUUUCGACUGUAUUGUGAAAAAGUACUUAUGGAUUUUUAUAACCUUGUUGAUGUCAAUCCCAUAUUGACGAUGAACAUUGGGGAAAGGAAGUGCACUGCAGAAAACAUUAUUCCUAUAUUUAAGUUUUACGAAAGAACAUAUGACCAUAUUUAUUUCGAUUGGUCAGUAUGUCUCGUUGCUGUAUACAAUUUACAAAUUAAGUCAGAUGUACUUAACUCUUAUUGCAUGGAAAGGAUUGAAUCGCAUGCCCGUGCAUCAAAAUUACUCAAAACGGCUUCGGAGAGCGGUAUUGUUAAAGUAGAUGGAAGAGGAAUUCGUGUGUUGGACCACCAAGAGAUAUGGCACAUGGAAGUCGCCGGUUCGCCGUCAAACCCAUCCAUGAAAGAUAUUAAGAAGGCCCUCGACACGGACUUGGCCAUCUUGGUCGCGCUUCUCAUGUCACACUUGGAUUGCCCUUUAGAUCUUGGUACUGAAAUUAAAGUGUUCAGUACUCAAGUGAUUGGGGAUCGAAUGACGCUGUACGCUUUGAGUAUGAUGAAAGACGGCCAAUUCUUAGCAACUGAGCUGGCUUCGGCCACACUGCCAUUCUCUUUUGCGGCACGUGUUCGAUAUAAGGCAAUUUUGAAAAUGAUGGCCGUUUUCAACGAUGAGGUGGAAAGACAAGAACAUCUGAUCAGUGAAAUUGAUUUGUGUGAUGAUAACGAAGAAGCAUCCACAAUCCGAGACGUCCUGAAACUUCCAAAAAGCCUCAAAAACAUAUCUUUUCUGUCCGAUAAUGUCGAUACUGUACCAAUUGAUGAGAUUAGCGUGUUCAAUCCGGAAUGA